AUGGCAACAUAUGAUUCCCUUCGACGUUCACUUCGAACUCUAGAAUCAACACUAGACGCAAAAUUAACAACUUACUCAAAACUUGCUUCUUCAAUACCUUCUUCCUCUUCAGGCGCAUACGAAGAAGCAGGCACAGGAACAACAGAGUUAGAGGAAGACAUCUCCUCUCUCUUGGAUCGCCUACGAGACCAAAACGACCACCUUUCACGUAUCCUUUCCACUCCCUCUGCACCGUCCGGCCCGUCAGUGUCUCACGCUGUCCAAAGACACAGAGACGUGCUGCAAGAUUUCGUAAGGGACUUUAGGCGCACGCAGGCGAAUGUCAAGAGUGCUGUCGACCAGGCAAACUUGUUAGGCAGCGUUAGGGGGGAGAUCGAGUACGUUCGAUCGACGACGACUGAUGCGUUGUUAACCGAACGAGGGCAUAUCGAUUCCUCACACCGGAUGGCAGAUGAGCUACUGCAACACGCACACGACACCCGCGCGGAGUUCCGCACUCAAUCCCAGUCCCUCUCCAGCGUCCAAUCCCGCAUCUCCACAGCACUCAACAGCUUCCCAGGGAUAAACAACCUCCUUUCCCUCAUCCAGUCCCGUAGGAGGAGGGACGCUGUCAUCCUUGGAUGCUUGAUCGGGGGGCUGCUGGUGCUCCUUUGGAGGUGGAUGACUCGCUGA